UUAACCCGCAAAGGAAAUCAUUCGUAUUCAUAGACCCAUCAAUUCGUUCUCAGAAGCGAAGGCGCGAGCCUCAGGUACCCUAAUUUUCUACGGGAGGAAGACGAUAAGCCAACGGAAAAGUGUUGGAGAGGAAAUAGAGCGAUGGCGGAUCCCGGCGGCAGCGGAUUGGAUGACAAAUUGGCCUAUUUCCAAGCUAUUACAGGCCUGGAAGACACCGAUCUAUGUACAGAAAUCCUUUCUGCCCACAAUUGGGACCUCGAGCUGGCUAUCUCUUCUUUCACCUCCACCGCUGAGUCACCGUCUCGCGCAUUCGUUCCAUCAGCCCCAUCAGCCUCAUCAGCCCCCGCGGACGGGGCAUAUGCCGAUGCUUCUUCAUCGGUAACUGAUGGCGCACCGCAGGCCUCUCCCGGCAUUACCUGGAAGCUGAUCACUCUACCUUUCUACGUAGUGUCCGGGGGCAUAGGCCUCAUAUCUGGCGCCGUGGGCCUUGGCGCUUGGGUUGCCGGCAGCGUCCUUUCUCGUUCCCUUGGUAUCUUAGGCUUCGUUCCUUCCCGCCAGCAGCAGGAGUCUGACCGUCUACUCCCUGUUUCGGCCUCUGCUGCCGAGGCUGCUGACUUUGUCGCCGUCUUCGAGAGGAACUUUGGCGCUGCCUCAGCCUCCCGCCCAAAUUUCGUGGUUGAGGGGUUCAUGGACGCGCUGCAGCGAUCGCAGCGGGAGUUCAAGCUGCUUUUUGUGUAUCUGCACUCGCCGGACCACCCUGACGUGCCGGUCUUCUGUGCAGAAUGCCUGUGCUCCGGGUUGGUAGCUUCUUUCGUGAACGAGAAUUUUGUUUGUUGGGGAGGGAGCAUCCGCGGGAGCGAAGGGUUUAAGAUGAGCAACAGCCUCAAGGCGUCGCGUUUCCCUUUCUGUGCGGUCGUAAUGGCCUCUACCAACCAGCGGAUUGCACUUCUUGAGCAGGUUGAGGGGCUCAAAACUCCUGAAGAAAUGUUAUCCAUCCUUCAGCGUGUUUUGGAAGAGAGUAAUGCACCUCUUGUUGCGGCAAGACUUGAGGCAGAGGAGCGGAGGAACAAUCUUCGCCUAAGAGAGGAGCAGGAUGCUGCAUAUAGAGAAGCACUUGAAGCUGAUCAGGCUAGAGAGCGUCAAAGGAAAGAAGAGCAGGAGAGGCUGGAAAGAGAAGCUACAGAGGCUGAAAGGAAGCGCAUGGAAGAGGAAGUGGCACGGGAAAGGGCUAUUUGUGAGGCUGCUGAAAGAGAAGCUGCAAUCACUAGAAGACGGCAAGAAAAAGCUAUGUCGCUGGGCACCGAGCCUGCAAAAGGACCUGACGUUACUCAAGUGCUUGUGCGAUUUCCUACUGGUGAGCGCAAGGAAAGGAGGUUCUACAGUUCUACAACAGUUCAGGCCCUCUAUGAUUACGUUGACUCUCUGGACUGCUUGAAUGCUGAGAAAUAUAGUCUUGUCUCAAACUUUCCACGCGUCUCCUAUGGCCCUGAAAAAUUUUCCUUAUCUCUGAAGGAAGCCGGUUUGCAUCCUCAGGCAAGUCUUUUUGUUGAGAUCGAAUCAUAGUAUUGCAAUAUCUUUAUAUAAUGCUAUAAAUCUGAUCUUCGGAUAUGUAAACUCAAAUCAUAUUUGUAAAUUUUCCAGACUGUAAUUGAGCUAAUUAGUCUUGCAACUUUUUAACUUGGACCCCAUAUUUGGAUGAAACAUAUUUCAUACAUGUUUUGAUUGUUUAAUUCCAUGGUAGUUUGCUUA